CGUGCGCCGGUACAACAACGGCAUUCUCCCAGAAGCUGCUACAAAUCCACGGGGAAGGCCUGAACGAAUGUUUACACAGUUGGGUUAAGAUGGACAGACGAAAGACGGGUCGCAGCGCCAGAUGGGGCGCUGCCUGCGCUGCGUGUGCGACAGCAAAGACACGCUGCAUUCGCACCCAGCCUUCGGGAUCAGAGCAAUGUGAUCGAUGCCGAAGCUUGGCGAAAGAAUGCGUUAAUCAGGCUUCUGGUUUGAGGAAGAAGAGACGGGCUAAGCCUUCUCCUAGUUUCCACAUGAGAGCGGCUCCGCUAGAAGACGAACUGAAUACGUCUAGAGGGGAAACCUCAAAUAUACAUGCCAGCUCAUCCAAUCAUAGUCUGCAUUACAUUGCAAACAACCAUUCAGCAUCCUCGGUUAAUACCGAUUCCCAAGCUCCAUUCACUCCAAGCCAGCAGCGCGAAACUGCUCUGACUUCCCCAGCGCUUGAAUCCACCUCGACUACACCUGUGGGUCCAACAUGCACCUGCAUGGCAACAGUAGGCAUGGAAGAUGUUCACCCCGUGGAGUCUGACGAGACUUUGUUGUCGAUGUACAGGAACCAGCUGUCUGGUCCGCUGCCUUUUGUCAUCAUUCCUGCUGGCACAACGUCAAGACAAUUACAGGCAACUCGUCCCUUCCUCAUGAAGGUGAUCAGAAUGAUGGCUUCCGUCCGCCAUCUUCGAUUGGUAAGGGGUCUAAGCCGCGCCGUUAUGGAGCAUAUUUCUCACAGCAUGCUCAUGAAGUCUGAGCGCUCUUUGGAUCUCCUUCAAGGCAUUCUGGCUUUCUUGGGAUCCUAUCACUAUCAUUGCAUGGCUCAUACGCAGUUUAACAAUCUAGUCCGCCUAGCAGUCAGCUUGGUUGAAGAUCUCGGAAUAAGUACAUGUCCCAAAUCUCAGCAGAGGAGUCAGCUGCCUUUGGCGCGCGCUGAGGAGCCUAUGUCUAGAACGAAUGAAGAGAAGAGAGCGCUACUUGGCGUCUGGUAUAUGAGCUCCAACGCUGGUCUUGUCGUGAAACAGAUAGCAUUCACAAGAUGGAGCAAAUAUAUGGACCAAUGCCUCAAAGAUCUUGACGACGCUAAGGAAUACAAGACAGACCAGCUUGCCAUACAGUUGAUCCACAUCCAGCGACUCACGGACAAAAUCGCGAACUUCCACAGUAGUGAUCCGCCGAUGGACAGACAGCCAGGCUCGCCCGAGCCUUCAACUAUGGCGUGUCUGGACGCAUUCCGAGUUGAGCUAGACAGCCUCCGAAACGGACUGCCCCCGCAUCUGACAUCUGAUUAUCUUCUAUCUUGCUAUCACAAUAGUGCCUACCUCCGAAUCUAUGCGCCUCUACUGGAAGGCUCACACCUACCAGACACCGAAUCUCAAUCUUUCGCCGCGCUCUCGCUUUCAGGCGUGCCGAUAUCCGAUGUCUUCUCCCAUUUCACCGCCGCACUCAAGGCCUGGCUCGAAAGCUGGCUUGCUGUUCCGGUCUGCUCCUACUUCUACAUGCCUCAGCCCGCCUACGUCCAGUUGGUUCAUGGCGCCACGAUGCUCUCUCAAUGGGUCCGCGUAGCUGGGCCCGGCGCGGUCAAGCGUCCCAGCGCCAGCUCGUCGAUGCCACAGAAAGAGUCCACAGAGCCGUGGCAGCCAACACCUGCGCUCAGCGGCGUGCCUGCCUGUCCGGAUCUGAGCUCGCAGACACCUCCAGCCCCAGUCACCGCCCAGGUCGUGUCCGCCCAGAUCCUGAAGGCGCUCAGAGCCCGGGUCGCAGCGCAGCCCAACCUCCAAGUCGACAUUCUCGGCAUCCUGGAGACCAUGGGGGCUCGCUUUGAGGCCGCGAAGAAGGAGAUCGCCGCGGCGCAGGGGCUGGACUGGGAGAAUGAUACCUGGGACUCUGCUGCAGCACAUUUGAAGAUGAAGAAGGUGAGGAUCGAGGAGUGGUGUGAGAUGGCGGCUGAUAGGGAGAGAAACAUGCCGACCGGUGCCCACGACAGCACUUACGAGGGGAGUAGCGAGGGCACAAAUUCGUUGCCAGGACAGAGCGAAUACGAUUUCGGAUGGAUGGCAUCAGGCUAUGAUUGGGACAAUAUGCAGUGGGAGAGCGCCAUGUUCGAUGAGCUGUUGCAGGACAUUCACGCUUGAACUGUGCUGGGGCUCGCCGACUGGGAGCCCUGGCAUGCUGGUCGAAUUUGUGGUUUGUGAGCGGAAAGGGGGGCGUAAUAGUUACGCUCGAACUCUCCAUCGAUGCUGCCGAUAGCUCUCUCCAGACCGAUCUUCUGUCAAAGUCGAACAGAUUACAGGGGGCUUGCUAUGAUCGGAACACUGUCGGUUCCUCA